AUGACCAUGCUCACGGAGACUAUCAUGACCAACAUGACCAUUAAUAUGGUGACCAUCAGGACCAUGAUCAUGGAUCAUCAGGACGAUGAUCAUGGUGAUCAUCAUGACCCUUAUCAUCGUGACUAUCAUGACCACGGUCAUGACCACACUCAUGGUCACCAUUAUGACCACAAUCACGGUGACCAUCAUAACCACAAUGAUGGUGACUAUCAUGGCCAUCACGACUAUGAUGAUGUUGACCAGCAUGACCAUUAUGACCAUGACGAUAAUGACCAUCACGACCAUGAUUAUGCCGACCAUCAAAACGAUCAUGACCAUGAUCAUGUGACUAUCAUGACCACCACGACUAUGACGAUGUUGACCAUCAUGACCAUUAUGACAAUGACGAAAAUGACCAUCACGACUAUGAUUAUGCCGACCAUGAUAACAAUCAUGACCAUUGAUUAUCAUGACCAUCAUGACCCUCAUCAUCGUGACUAUCAUGACCAUGAUCAGGGUGAUCAUCAUGCGCAUGAUCAUGUUCACGAUCAUGACGAUGAUUAUGAUGACCAUCAUGACCACGGUUAUGGUUACAAUCAUGGUGAUCAUCAUGACCACAAUCAUGGUGACCAUCACAACCAUGAUAAUGGUAAUCAUCACAACCAUCAUGACCAUGUUUAUAGUGACCAUCAUGAACAUUAUGGCCAUCUUCUUGGUAACCAUCAUGAGCAUGAUCAUGGUGACCUUCAUAACCAUGAUUAUAGUGACCAUCAUAACCAUAAUAGCGUAGAGUACAAGAGUCAAUCACGAGUUUAA